UAUAAACAAAACCACCCUUUACCUACUUCUGAACCCACAGCUACAGCGCACCAGUCGGCCAUCGGACUCACCUCCCAGGAGCUAGGCCAGGGCACACCUCUUCAGCCAUUCUGUGUCUUACAACAUCUAAAGAGCCAUGGCACUGUUCACUUCACAAGGACAGCAGCGCCUCUGUACGGUUUCUCCCAGUACACUCCGUCAGGGCACUCUCAGUCACAGGCCAUGUUUAAUCAGAGUGGGUUAACGAUGGGAGCAUCUCCCCCCGGGCCCAUGGAUACCAGCGGCUACCUCCCACCAUUCCUACUGGGGACCCCUGCCACCAAAUCCCCCUCUCGUUCGUCAGUGUCUCGUCAGCUGUCCACUCACAGUACCAGGGCAACAGGGAGUACCUCUUCUCUACUGGACAGGUCGUCUCUUGGUGUUGGUCCCUCUAGCAAGGUGGGGGGUGGUGUCCAGUCCCUGGGGGGUCCACCUGUGGAGGGGCUGUACGACCAUCCCACUGCCUCCCCCGCCAGGAGCAACACACCAUUCAUACCAGGUAGUUCCCCUGAGAGGAGACAGCUGAGCUUCAGUGUGGUCAACUCUGUCCAUCGCAUGAGCAGUACCUCACUACACACACACAGGACCAUCUCCACUCCAGGGUCUGUGGGUGUGGCCAGCCUGGAUCACCGCACACCACCCUCCCCACCUCAGAUGGACCCAUUCUACACUCAGGGAGAGAACCUGACAAGUGAGGAUGACUAUCAGGAUUGUUGGGUCACUGUGUUUGGGUUUCCCCCGGCAACCUCCUCCUAUAUCCUAGAGCAGUUUUCUCAGUACGGGACCAUCCUCAAACAUGUGGUGACCUCUAAUGGUAACUGGAUGCACAUUCUCUACCAGUCCAGACUACAAGCUAAGAAGGCUCUCAGUAAGAAUGGUAAAGUCUAUGGAAAUGGGAUCAUGGUCGGAGUACAGCAGUGCAUCGACAAGUCUGUGAUGGAGAGUCGCCUUGCCUCCUCCACCCCUCACACUCGUACACCUCUCACCCCCUCCACUAACCUCACACCCUCCACACCAGGGAAGAGGCCAACCUCCAUACGCCCACUCACUGCCGCCUACCAAUCAGCUGCCAGUCAGUAUCAGGUUGCUCCUGCUAACCCCAACAUGCCUCAGAAGAGCAGUGGGAUCGUAUCCAAGGCUCUCGAGUACAUGUUCGGAUGGUGAUGAACGUUGAACUAUAAUAUUAUUAAUUAUAUACUGUCUCUUUUUGUAAAAAACAGUUCGAUAUCAAUUGUACAGUCAUGAUAAUGAUGAUAAAUUAUUGUGGCAAUUGCUGAUAAUUAUUGUGAUUUGUA